UUCAUCUUCUCCGAUUUUAACCUUUUCCAGACAAUUUUCUCAAACAGACAAAACCAAAUCAAAAACCUUAGGCCAUGCUCAGAUCCAGCCUCGCUUCGUUAAUCGUCGAUGUCAGCUUACGGCGCACGUUACGUCCACGCGCAUCCUUCUCUCACCCUGCGCAUAUUAGCCGUUCCUCACGCCGCGUUCUUCCUUCCCGGUACUCCUCCCACACACCUCUAAGGUUUCGGAUUCAGACAUGUAACCACCGCCGCCUCUCCUCCUUCUCGUCUCCCUCUGAGAAACACGGACCAUCUUCGUCUACCCGAUCAAGCCUCGCGGGUCAAGAUGACGCAUUCACGGCGGCUCAGAACAGCUUCAACGGUCACAACCACGACGACGGCAAUGAGAACUCUUCACCGCCGCAACCCUCUUCCAAAGUUCUUACGUUGCCCACCGUAUUAACCAUUGCUCGUGUUGCUGCCGUACCACUUCUCGUCGCAACCUUUUACGCUGAUAGUUCGUGGGGAACGACGGCGACUACAAGCAUCUUCAUUGUAGCGGCCAUUACAGAUUGGCUUGACGGCUAUCUUGCACGAAAGAUGAAGUUAGGUUCUGCGUUUGGUGCCUUUCUGGAUCCAGUUGCUGAUAAGCUUAUGGUUGCAGCUACAUUGAUCUUACUCUGUACAAAACCUGUUGAAGUUGCUGUGUUAGGACCAGUUCCAUGGUUAUUGACGGUGCCUUCUAUUGCAAUCAUUGGUAGAGAGAUUACAAUGUCUGCAGUCAGAGAAUGGGCUGCAUCUCAAAAUGGAAAGCUUUUAGAGGCUGUUGCUGUAAAUAACUUGGGCAAGUGGAAAACCGCUACGCAGAUGACAGCACUAACCAUACUUCUCGCAAGCCGGGAUAGCAAUAUUGGAUGGCUUGUAGCUUCUGGUGCUGGCUUGCUUUAUGUAUCAGCAGGACUAUCGGUUUGGUCUUUAGUUGUUUAUAUGAGGAAGAUAUGGAAAGUACUACUCAAGUAAUCGUUGGUUUUGUCUUUGCCUUGACCUGCAUUUGGAUUAUACGCAUUGAUGGAUGGAGAGGGUCUCUUAUAAGAGCACAAAACUUGAAUGCUGCACCACUUGAGCAGUGAUCUCAGAGGGAAAUGAUUGAUUGAUCAAUUAGGUUGAAGAAAGUGUAGGUUGUUUGACAAUAUGUAGAUGGUUUUGCUUUCCUCUGCUGUUUUACAACGCAUAUGGUAUAUAGUCUUGGUUCAAAAGCCUAAUCAUGGUGUAUUGUAGAUUGGUUUGGAACUGGUUCCAAUAAACUUUUACAUUAAUGCAUCUAUGUUUCUUAUGUUU